ACUUUGUUUCUUUUGCAUUUUCUAAUAAGAUCUUAACUGAAAGACAGUUGCAUCAUUCAUUUAAUAGAAAGAAAAUGCUGCAAAUGAUAUUGCAAAUGAAAAUUACGAAUUUGCAGAAUGGCGAAGAAUCAACAUCAGAAUGGCGUAAUACCGGGCGGUGGCGCGAUGUCUGGACCGGAUGAUUUUUCAGAUGGUGAAAGCACGCCUCUGACUCAGGACUACAUCGGAAGCCAACGCACGAUUGUCGAGACGAAAGGAUGGGACGUAUUCCGAAAUCCACCGCUGAAAACCGACUCCAUCUCGGGCUCCAUGGCGAACCAGAAGUGCCUGGAGAGAAUGGUGCAAGUGAUCAAGGUCCUCGUCUAUCUGCUUGUUUUCGUCAUCGUGCUGGGAAGCGGCGUGGUCGCCAAGGGUACGAUCCUCUUCAUGACGUCGCAGCUUCAACGAGACAGAAAAAUAUUUUAUUGCAACAAACAAUUAGAUCGAGAGAAUCAAUAUACCGUAACGUUGCCCGAGGUUGAGAGGAUCGCCUGGAUCUGGUGCAUAAUAAUCGCGCAGUCGAUACCAGAGUUCGGCGCGCUGAUGCGCAGCAUUCGCAUGUGCAUCUUCAAGUCGUUCAAGAAGCCGCAAUUGUCGCACUUUCUCCUGGUCUUCAUCAUGGAGACGUUUCACGUGAUGGGCGUCUCCUUGAUGUUCAUGGCAGUACUUCCGGAACUGGACGUCGUCAAGGGGGCAAUGCUGACCAAUUGUGUAUGCUUCAUUCCCGGAUUACUAGGCCUACUUUCCCGUAACAAAAGCAAAGACGAGUCCAAGCGAUUCGUUCUCGUUCUCGUCGAUAUCGCCGCCCUGGUCGCUCAGGCGACCAGCUUCGUCCUUUGGCCGCUGCUGGAAAACUCGAAGCAUUCCCUGUGGCUGAUUCCCAUCGCCCUGUUCCUCGUCUCCUGCGGCUGGUGGGAAAAUUAUGUCUCCACGCAGAGUCGAAUCGGUCUGAUUAGAACACUCGGCAGGGUGAAAAAGGAAAUGCGACUGACGCGCUAUUUCACUUACAUGCUGAUGUCCAUUUGGAAAAUUGUGGCGUUCUUUAUCAGUUCGAUAUUGAUACUGUAUAUGAAAGGGGAGAACGUCGGUCAUCUCUUCACCAUGCUGAGCAGCGCUUUCAGUGAGCACAAGAUCACCGUUACAUCCGUCAAGUCAAUCGCCGGUGGAAGUCUGCCCGAUCUCUCGGAGAUCGUGACCGGCGACAUCACCGAGGUCCUCAACGCCGACUUCAGCACGCCCAUCUACGUUCUUCUGCUACAAAUCGCCGGCUCCUACUUCGCCUACAUUUUCGGUAAAUUCGCGUGCAAGAUCCUGAUUCAAGGUUUCAGCUACGCGUUUCCAGUGAAUCUGACGAUACCAGUGUCGAUUUCGCUGCUCAUCGCCGCCUGCGGUCUCCGCAACAGCGAUCCGUGCUUUUUCCAUGGCACUAUCCCGGAUUACCUGUUUUAUGAAUCGCCACCGCCGAAUUUCCUCAACGACUUUGUGUCGAAACAGUAUGCCUGGGUGUGGUUGCUCUGGCUGCUGUCGCAGACCUGGAUCACCCUGCAUAUCUGGACACCCAAGUGCGAGCGUCUCGCGGCCACGGAGAAGUUAUUCGUGGUGCCGAUGUACAACUCUCUACUGAUCGACCAGUCGAUGGGAUUGAACAGGCGAAGGGAUGAUCAACCAGAAGUCAAAGUCGAAGAUCUGGCGGAGAUAGAGAAGGAGAAGGGCGACGGUGAUUACGAGACCAUCUACGAGCAGACGGAUGGUUCAACUACACCUCCGUCCGCGGUGAAGAGUAGCGAUCACGUAACCAGGAUAUACGCUUGCGCUACUAUGUGGCAUGAGAAUAAGGAGGAGAUGAUGGAAUUUCUGAAGAGUAUCCUGCGCCUGGAUGAGGACCAGUGCGCGCGGCGCGUCGCCCAGAAGUACCUCAAGGUCGUCGAUCCCGAUUACUAUGAAUUCGAAACUCACAUAUUUUUCGACGACGCGUUUGAGCUGUCGGAUCACGACGAGAACGAAUCGCAGGUGAACAGGUUCGUGAAACUCUUAGUUGGCACGUUGGACGAGGCCGCGUCAGACGUGCAUAAAACGAGGAUGCACGUGAGAGCGCCCAAAAAGUAUCCGACUCCUUACGGCGGACGACUGGUGUGGACUCUCCCCGGAAAGACGAAGAUGAUCGCCCAUCUGAAGGACAAGAGCAAAAUCCGACACAGGAAGCGAUGGAGCCAGGUAAUGUAUAUGUAUUAUCUACUCGGACAUCGGCUAAUGGAAUUACCGAUCAGCGUCGACCGCAAAGAGGUGAUCGCCGAGAAUACGUAUCUGUUGACACUCGACGGCGACAUCGACUUCCAACCAGCGGCGGUAAAGCUUCUCGUGGACCUGAUGAAGAAGAAUAAGAACUUGGGCGCUGCAUGCGGUCGUAUUCAUCCAGUCGGCUCUGGUGAGAUCAUUACGCCAUGCUGUCAGGCAAGAAUCGCCAAAGAUCUGAAGGACCUACGCGACCAGAGCGUCUUUGCAUUCUUUAUGAUGAACGCCCUCUUCGUCCUGAUCGUCUUUCUGCUGCAAUUGAACAAAGACUUGUUGCACAUCAAGUGGCCAUUCGGCAUCAAGACGAACGUCACAUAUGACGAUAGCACCAUGGAGGUACACAUCACGAAAGAGUAUUUGCAACUUGAGCCAAUCGGACUUGUCUUCGUCUUCUUCUUCGCGCUAAUAUUGGUCAUACAAUUCACCGCGAUGUUGUUUCACCGAUUCGGCACACUUGCCCACAUUUUGGCCAGCACUAGCCUAGAUUGUUGCAAGAAGACGAAGGAUCUUUCCGAGGAAGCUUUGCUGUCAAAACACGCGGUCGAGAUAGUGAGAGAUCUGCAAAGACUGGACGGAAUGGAGGGCGAUUACGAAGAGGGCAGCGGCAGCGGACCCGGUAGACGAAAAACGAUUAGAAAUCUGGAGAAGAGUCGCAGGAAAACGCAGGCGAUCAACACGCUCGAUGUAGCCUUCAGGCAGCGAUUCUUUAGCAUGAGCGAGGGCGCAGGUUUGCCGAGAAACAUGUCGACGCGACGCACCACCGAGGCGUUCAAGGCGUUCGAGGGCAGGCGUAACAGCAUAAUGGCACAGCGCCGAAAGUCGCAGAUGCAGACCUUGGGCGCGAAUAACAUCUACGGCGUGACCGGCAACCCCCUGGGGAUCCAGGGCCGGCCGUCCCGUAGCAGUCAGAUAUCCGUCAAGGACGUGUUUGAGGGACACGGGGCGACGUCGGCAGCUGGACACGUAAACGCCGGCUACGAGGGCGACGACAGCCCAGUCAACAGUCUGAGGCUGCAGAAUCUCGGUCAGGUCACGUGGCGGGAAGCCAAUUCUAAUGUUUGAUCGUUUCUCUCGUUCCCGUCACUCGUGAAAGAUCGAUGGGAAAUCCGGCAGAUUAAUUUGAAAAGUAACGAAGAGCUUUUUAAAAAAAUGAAUUUAAAGAGGACGAUUUUGUUUUUCAGAAUGAGCUCUUUAAAUUAUAGGAUAAUUGAAAUUUUCCAUCCUAGCAUCGAAGGUUACAAUGUUUUAACACUUACAUGUUCCAUUAACUAUAUCACAAGAUAAUUAUUAAAACUAUAUAUCUUUAUCAAAAUAUUAAAACUAUACAUCUUUAUCAAAAUCUGCACAAAUUUCGAAUAUGCUUACCUGAUAAUCGCUGACAAAGCCAGAUUUUCUACUUUUCUGCAUUUUUUUGCACGUUUUUCUCCUAUUUCUAGCACAGUUCCGUUCAUCGUUGUCUUUUCGCUUUUUUAUCACGUUUUUGAUUUCUUUGAAGCCCCUAAAAAUAUACAUUCUGUAUCAUAAUAUUGAAUUAAAACAGCACUGUUUUACAUUUUUCUUUCUUUAACUGCACGUUUGUACCUUUUUGCACACACACAUUUUUCUUUUUAAUAUAUUUCUUUUAAGUUUGUCUCAUCUUACGUGCAGAAAGUCUAACGUGAUGCAGUUAAAGGAAGGAAAGAUGAUUUUCAUAUCGUUACUGCCAAGUUAAACAGCAGUGACCGCGAUGAUUACGCUUACUUGCUCCUUUAUUUUUAUCGCAUAUGUGAUAAGGCCGAUAUUUAAAAUAUAAAUUUGAUUGCGUACGAAUGUGUAAAUGUGUAUAUGUGAAUUGCACGUAUUUGAAGAUUGCAUGCAUGUAAUAAUAAUAUUAAUAAUAAUGCUAGGAAAAAAAUGUGACAAAUUUUAAAUAAACUUUAUUCAAA